UCCUGUUGUUCACUUCUCCCCCAUGGCCACCAGGAGCGGAUCCGCCAUCUGGGCUGGUUGGGCAGCGCCCCAGACUUGCCGACCACUAACCGUACGUCGGAGAAAGUUACCCCGACCACCAUGCUACUUAUCUACCACCACCUUUCCGCCAUGCCCGGGCAACUGCACGUCUACAUCCCACAAGAACGGGGCUCUGCCGGCGGCUGCCACGGAAGCCGAAACCGAGGGCGAGGUGCUGCUGGAGUCCCCGGGGCACUUCCGCAUCUACAAGUGCGGCAAGAUGGACCGCCUCAACGAACCCACCGUCUCGCCUGCCGGCCUGGACGAGGCCACCGGCGUCACCUCCAGGGACGUCGUCCUCGACGCCGACACGGGCGUCUCCGUGCGCCUCUACCUCCCCAAGCUAAGACAACCCUCCGAGAAGCUCCCGGUCCUCGUCUAUUUCCACGGCGGCGCCUUCCUCAUCGGGUCGGCCGACGACGCCACGUACCACAGCUACGUCAACUCCCUCGCGGCCGCGGCCGGCGUCCUCGUGGUGUCCGCCGACUACCGCCUCGCCCCGGAGCACCCGCUGCCCGCGGCCUACGACGACUGCUGGGCCGCGCUCCAGUGGGCGGUGGCGCCGUCGACGCAGGACGAGUGGAUCUCCGGGCACGGCGACACGGCCCGCCUCUUCCUGGCGGGCGACAGCGCCGGCGCCAACAUCGUGCACGAGAUGCUCGUGAGGGCGGCGGUGAACUCCCACCCGAGGAUGGAGGGCGUGGUGCUUUUGCACCCGUGGUUCAGCGGGAGCGAGGCGAUCGAGGGGGAGCCUCCGGCGGUGCCCAUGUUCAACGGGAUGAUCUGGUCGUACACGUGCCCGGGGGCGGUGGGCGGCGCGGACGACCCGAGGAUCAACCCGCUGGCGCCCGGCGCGUCGUCGCUGGAGCUGCUAGCGUGCGAGAGGAUGCUGGUGUGCGCGGCGGAGAAGUUCCACAAGAAGGACGUGCUGGCGAGGAGGAUCCGCGCGUACUACGACGGCGUGGCCGCGGCCGCGUGCCGGGCGCCGGGCGCCGCGGCGUGGUUCGAGUCGGAAGGCGAGGACCACGACUUCUUCCUCGGGAAGACCGACUGCGAGAGCUCCAAGCAGCUCCUAGAUCGCGUCGCGGCGUUCAUCGCCGAGGGCUGAG